CCAGUUUUGGUUCACAUUUCCCCCCUCUGUCUUUCUUUCUUUAGCUCAGCUCGGCACAGUCACAUGCGGCGCUGUGGACAUGAACGGUCAGAUCGUGAUGAAGGACGGUGAGGAUUUUGUCCACUCUCUCAACAAAGGUCAAGCCAAGGCCGUUAUUCUCGACCCUAGUGAGGCCAUGGGAGCCAUCAGCAUACUAGAACCAAAAUGGCGCGUUGAUGAAAACCGUAAACUGUCAUUUCCGGAUAUCCCGAGCUUAGAUAUGAUCGUUCCCUUUGAUGUCAGGCGGGAUGGGUCACAGAAAAUUGCUUCCCCUUUGAACGGGAUUGAGAAAAGUCUAUCUUUGGACGACUUAAAGGCGGGAACGGAAACUGUCGCGGCAGACUUAAAGCCUGAUGACGUCUGCGCAUAUAUGUGCACAAGCGGAAGUACAGGCUUCUUCAAACUUGUCGAGUUUAACCACGAGCGUCUCUUGGAGUAUGGCCACAGAUUUGCGGAGACACUGGAGAUGAAGGAGACCGACAUUUACUGCAACGACAGGCCCCUGGGGUGGAUGGGAGGGUACCCAGUAAUGUAUGUAGCUACCGGAUGUACCCGUGUCUGUACGGACAACUCUCUCGGACGUCACCACAACUACCCAGAUUUCAUGCUCGACCUGCUAGUCCGAGAAGGCUGCACUAAAAUGUACACUGUCCCGCAUUCUUUGGGUGCGCUUGUCCGAGAGGCCGCCAAGAAAGACAUAGGCGGGUAUAGGCUGCAUAUUUGUGGGGUAGGCAGCGGCCCAGUGAGCAGGGCACACAUGAAGGCCAUUGGUGUUGUAGCAGACGCGGUGUUGGCCGUCUACGGGUGUACUGAAGCGGGAAUUCCCACUACUAAGAAAGUGACGGAGCCCAGCGCGUACGAAGACAUGUGCGUGGGCCUCCCAACUUCUGGGACACAGGUCAAGGUCGUUGAUGACGACCUGCGUGAACUUCCUAACGGACAGCGGGGGGAAAUUCUCCUGAAGACGAGCCAGUCCUCCAUGAGGUAUGUCAAUGCCGAUGCCAGCACGAGAGAGACUUUCCUAGACCAUGGCUGGAUCCGCCUGGGUGAUUCUGGGGUCAAGAAUGAUGGCGGAGAGUUGUUUGUCGUCGGCCGUAAGAAGUUCGCCAUUCUCAGAGGGCCGUUUGUCAUCUACCCCGAUCAGAUGGAGCAGCGCAUCCUGCAGUGUCCAGGAGUUGCGGGGGCGGCCGUGGCUGGCGUCCCGGACCCGGUUCUGCACGAGGAGCUGUGCGCAUGCGUCAUCAGAGAGCAAGGAGCCAGCUUGACGGAAGAAGAACUGAGGGGCUUUUGCCAGAAACUCUUCAUCAACUCGGAGAACGGCGAGCUGAACCCAAUGCCUGGAUAUUUCCUGUUCCUCGACGCGCUGCCCUUCAACGUCAGCGGAAAGCUAGACCGGAUGGCCCUAAAAGCAAAAGCCAAAAGUAUGCUCAGGUUGUAAGACCUAGCCACGGAAAUGGACACAAUUAUCUCAAACAUUUAUUAAAAUAUAAGUGUUUUUUUUGUCCCUCAUCUACACAAUUUAGAUUGUUCAAGAGGCGGGCUUUUGGGCCUUCCUGUCAGAACUAACUCGGACUGAAAGGUAUACAACAUUUCAGAUGAAAUACUGAUGAUGAGAUAUUCGAUUCAAUUUUUUCUUCACUCGGGAAUCGAACUCGGGUCUCCCACAUGCGACAGCAAAGCGUCUCUAACCGUUACACCACAGACGCAGGUCGCAAAUCUCAUUAUAAAGGACAAAAGAUAAGUAAUAAGAGAGAGCUUUUUGUCAAGAAACAAUACACAAGAUAAGUAAUAAGGAAGAACUUUUUGUCAAGAAACAAUACACAAGAUACGUAAUAAAACAGAGAACUUUCUUGUGAACAAA